UGGGGGCUGCUGACUAUGGUGGCCAAUCCAAAAAUGCAACAGCGUGAAUGGCCCUAUAAAGCCAAUAUUUAAUUUAUCUGUUCUGGGCUACUGUAGAAAUAUGGCAGUGCAACAUGGCGGACUCCAUUAACGAGGACCUGCUCUCUGUGUGUAGAUAUGAACAUCUCAUUCUGAGGCAACACACUAUAAUUUUUAUUUUCUGGUGUUUAAACACUAAAGAAAACAUACUUGUUACAUUAUAUUCCAUCUCAUGCCGAUAGAUCCUCCAAAAUCCUACACGCUGGACCUUUAAAGUCACAGUUGAACUCUUAAAAAUUGAAGAAAGAUAGUGGAAUUUACACAAAUAAGAUAAAUCCACACAUGUGAAAACCAAUGUAAUCAUCCAACAACUACAUCUCAGUUCCUUGGAAUAUUAUAAAUAUAAUUCAGGCUAAUUUUCUAAUAAACCAUUAGCCUAGAGGAUGUGCGUUUCCACUGACUAACACAGCAGAGCGGCGCUGUGAGGAAACAUGAGGGGAACAUGAGCUGGAUGUCGCUCAUUGCUUCAGGAAGUUAUUGGGAAUUAUGAAAUGACAUCACCACAGUUUUUUCCUGGCUUUGUUUAGUGCUCCUCCUGACCACGCCUUCCUGCCGGCUCCAUCAUAAAGCAGCCAGGCCGUGUGUGUGCACCAGUUGAUCUCCGGUCAGUGCGGACAACAGGUGCACUGUAGCCUCCCUCCACCUCGCUGCUGGAUAAUGCUCGCUGAGCGCCGCUCGUCGCUUUGCGCAGGGCUUCCUCGUCUGCACUUUGGACAUUUGCACGUUUUUGUAUCCUGAUCCUGACCACUUCCAGCCACUAAAAUGCCUUUUCCGCCUAUCAGCCUCCACCAGCGUAUCUCCUCUCCCGGCAGGGAACUAUUCGGGAAAAAGAAAGCCAACGGAGUGCCUCCUCACACUGAGCUCACCAGCAAAUCCGGCAGAGAGAAAGGAGGGUCCGAUAAGGAGAAGACGUCCACUUCUUGGACAUCGGCGAAUUUACGGAAUUUAGGGCGAAAAGCCCAGCAGGACAAGAGUAAAAGCCCGUCUCAGAAGGCAAGUACCGGCCAAGAGACGCAGGGAAAGUGCUCCUGGCUGUCGGUACCCAAACCUCAGGACUCAUCUGAAGGAGUCAGGCGCUCCAGCUCCAUGGACUCCGCCAGACACCUCCAGGGCAAAGAGGACGGGAAGAAGGAGAUUCAGUUUACCCUUAGUCUUACCCCUGAAGCCAUCCUUGUCAUCCAAAAACGAAAUCUAGAAAAGCAGAUGAUGGCAAAGCAACAGAAGUGCUGCGCCUCCGCGGACUUUCGACACAGGCGCGUUUUUCCAUCCAAAAAGGCGCACGGGGCGUCCAAGGGCUGCGCUCCUGUCGCCAAAGUGGAAAGCGCCGAGCAGGACAUCACCGCCAUUGUUAAGAUAUCUCUUUUGAAUGACCAAUACAAGUACGACGAUGUGGAGUACGAAGAGGAGGAUGGAGACGUGGAUGAGACUGUUGUGAGGAAAUGUAAAGAGUGGCUCAAAGGAGUGGAAAACGCCGCUGCUUUGGGAAAAGUCGACAAACUUUCUGCACUCCCGCACCUUAAAGGCUGCUGACACCUGACUGUUGAUAUUUUUUUUUUUUCUUUAGACAGCAGACUGAACAGAUGAUGGACUCUGAAAUGUGUGCACCGAUGUUGGCCUGCUGCAAUGGCAUCUUAAAUUUGAGUCUUGUAAAUUAAAUGUUUGCAAAUGUGAAGGGAGAAAAUCCACUUCACAGAAUGUCAGUUUGUUUCCAAGUUAUUGCAUAAAAUAGAUGUCAUGUCACUUAAAAAAUACAAUUGUUUAAGAAAUUGAAAACAGAAAUGUCAUUGGAAUAAGAGGAAAUUUGGCCUCCACAAAGAUAAGAUUUGAAAGCGUAAUUGCAGCCUGUGGCUCAGCCAACAGUGCUUCUUAUGGUUCACAGGGGCGUUGCUUUGCCUGCUCAAUGGUUUGUCAAAGUUUGAACUGAAUACCUUAAUAUUCUCCUUCUUUGCACAUGGUUUUUGUUUUCAGUGGGGCGCCUGUGGAUUGGCAGAGGGUUUGCGUAAAGGGACGCGAAAGCCGCUCCUUUGUGUUUGAGAACAAUACACUAUCAACAACAGCGCUUUCUAUGCGCCUGCUGCUGAAACCAAACUGGACUGUUGAUUUUUCCUCUAAUAAGAGGGUUAUAUCCGUUGUAGGGAUUUAUCAGCGAUGUACAGUAUUUAAUAUUUACUAAAUGUUUGUACUGUCAAACGUUUUCUCAGCUGAUUUUAUGCCAAUUGAAGUAAAAAAAAUGUUUGUUUUUUUUUUAAAUUAUGCAAGUGUGACUGACCCUUUUAAAUCUCUCUAAAGCUGAUUUGCAUUGUGCCUCUUGAUAAUUCUGUUACAUGAUGCUGAUUUGCAGCCAUUUAGAUUUCUUUUACUCUUCUGGCCACUUCCCAGACUGUAUUUUAAAGGCUCCUUUUGUUGCCACUGCACCUACCUGAAGCCAUUUGGGCAUUAGUGUUCUAAGCUUCUUAGAUUUCCUGUUAAGCAGGGUUGACCAGUGUACUGUGGGGCCAGUGUGCAUGAUCCCGUCAGGAAAUUACCUCCAGUCUGCUUUACUUUUGUUAUAUCCAACAAAACAGUGCAUGUAGCUACUAGAGAUAAAUAGUGUUGCUACCAAAUAUCUGGGAGAUGAUUUCACCCAAAGUGCCAGAGCUAUAUGACCUGCUGCAAAACUAUUCCCAGUUUGAACUGAGAGUUUAAUCCUGACAUUCCCAGACUGGUGUGGUCCCCACUGAGCUACACAGAACCAUGUUUUAAUUACAUAAUGAACUUCAUGUACUGCUCAGGGAGAAAGAGGGAUCCACUGAGAGCUUAAUAACAACCCAGCACAUGACUGUUUCUAGCAAGAUACAAUAAACCACACUUAAAGAGAAAUUAAGCCAUAAAGACAUGUUUGGCUUCUUUGUUGGUUCCGUUCAGCUGCUGACAUUUUAUUGUAUUGACCAUCAAACCAGUCAGGGGAAACUUUGAAGGAGACAGCGAUCACAUGCCAGCCUUGGACACAAAUUAAAGGAAUACUUCACGCACAAAAUGAGCUGUUGUCGAUCAGUUAGUCACAGCAUGUUACCUUGAAUAUGUGGAGAAAACUUUGUUUUUCUUGCAUGCCUCCAUGGAAAACAGUGGACAUAUUGAUAGGCUUACUGGGGACUACCCGUAACAACAGCAAAACUAUAUCAAAAAAUCUAUUUUACAAACUCUCACACAACUUGCGCAGUAUAAUAAUAGUAGUAUUUAUCCAGUCGUACGCUCAUUAAUUCCCAAAAACAUGCAUUUUAGCUAAAAAUGAUCCAAAUAAGUUCCACUUUCAGCUCAGUUUUAGAGAAAAUACACGUUUGUGAAGCACAACAAAUGAGACUUGGAUCAUGCUGCACGAGUUGUGUGAGUUUUGCUAUUGUUAAACACGGUCCCCAAUCAUUCAAUUAAUCAAUAUAUUUAUUGCUUUCUGUAGAGACGUACAUUCAGGUAACAUGAUAUGACUAACUGAUUUACAAAUGCUCCUUUUGUGGGUGAAGUAUUCCUUUAAAUCUUCAUGCAGGCUCACAAAUGCAUUCAAAAUGUGUGUGUUUGUGUGUACAGUGUGAAGGUGCCCUACAAUAAGGUUUAACUCUUCUCCAUUGUUCUCUGUAACUUGGUAACCAGAGUUUUACUCACAGAGUGUGGUACACUUUAAAGCCACAAGCUGGAUAGAGGAGUUUGCGGUGUUGCAGUGCGUCUGAAAAGCCCCCCCACACACCCACAGCUGGUAAGUUAUCCUUGAUAAGUGACUUAUAUCCUCAGGUAACAUUGUCAUUUGAUAUUAUUUCUGGAGUUUGAUGCCAACAAUGUUUUCUCUGAAGGUUAAUAGUGGAUUUGCAAUGACGUCUGGGUUUAAAGACCUUCAUCAAUCAAGCACUCUGCCUUCUAUUUCAGAUGCACACUUAUUCCCUGUUG